UUUCAAAUGUUCGUUGGAAUAUGCAGCGAACAGAUCGUUGUAAAAUUUGUAUUUUUCAACACGAAUCGAAAAGUACGAGCUGGUUUUGUACGUAGAUUCCAACAUUUGAAAACUAUUCGAUAAACAAUGGCAGACGAGGAUAUUACGAAGCUUCCGCUGGAAGAUCGCUUGACCCACAAGGUAAAACUUUGGCGCGCUCUGUUUCUCACGUACAGUGAAACGAAAACAUCUCCUUCGUUUCUUGUUCUGAAAUGACGAUAUUUUCGCGGUGUAGGUAUGGAAAGCGAGGCUAAGUGGUUACGAAGACCUAGUGAAACUCUACAAAAGGAUAGACGAUGAAAGUAGCAAUGAAUUCAAUAAGUACUUGGGAAUGCUCAAGAAGUUUGUCAUUGAUAAUAAUGCAGUUGCGCAAGACAAGGGCCUUGAAGCCGUACUUGCAUUUUUGGAAGCCGCUUCGCCGUCGAUUUCUGGAAGGUUAGUUUCAAUUAUUUCUGCUCUUUGCACGAGGGUUAGCCCCACUAUUUCAGCAUGUUUAGCAUAGAAUUAACGAUCAGAGGUAGGUGGUCCAUUCGAUUCGCCUUACAGUUUAAUUUUCGUGAUCCAGUCUACGUGGACCUUCUUAAGUAAUAUUACUGAGUGGACUGUGGCAGCUUUUUGGUAUUGUACCUUUCAUGUUUGUUCCCUUGAACAAACCUCUUUUUUCAAACAGUGAGAAAUGUUGGCAGUUUGAACGUUUCUUUCUUUGGGGUGAACCUCAGUAGAAGGGGGGGGGGGGGGGGAAGAAGGAGUAACUGCACUCUAUUGACAAGGGAAAGAGGAAAAUUUUGGGCUGUUUGGGUUUUUUUCUUUGCUAUUUCCAUUGCAUCAUUCACUUUCACUUUGUAGAGAAUACGUGUAGGGCAAUGAUUACAUUGAUGGCUCUGUUCUCCACAGGAAGAUGAGCCAGAUACAUAUGUGAUUUUAUUGAGUUCACAGGAAAGUUGUGCUAGUGCUGUCGCUGACUCCAAGUGUAUUAAAAUUAAAGGCAUAAAAUGUUAUUUUCGGUGUCAUAUUGCCCAAAAUACUUAGUAACUUGGGGAAUCCCUAGCAAGCCAGUGCUCUAAGGAAAAUUAAUGGUGUCCAGUGCUCUUAACCUGUUAAUUCUAGGGUGUCCAGCAUGACUAGUAUGAAAAAACUUAGACUGUCUAGUCACCCAAGAGCAAACGUUGGGUGCAACGGGCCCCUGGGCUUUGCUAGAGCACAGCCCUGCCUAGGAGGCUCUUUACAUGUCAGGGGGUACUUACCAUCUACAUGGAAGAACCUGGAAAUUCUAGUUGGAAAAUCAGAUGGUAUGCGCCAUUCCAUUUGGGAGGCCUCAGAAAAUAUGGGCUGUGAUUUGAGGCAAUGCAAUUUUUCCACUCUUUUUAGUCUCUUACUGUAAGCUGAUUUGGAAAUACUUUGUAGUGGGUCGUUAUCUUCCACCAUGUCAAGUUUUGUAGUUCUAUUUUUAUGUUCAAGAUUUCCACCUGGGUGGCUUGUGUAAAUGGCAAGCACCCCUCCUUUGACUUGAUGCAGUGAGCCAUUUUUUAUUCCUCCAACUCUACGCUUUAUCCAUAUCAUCAAUUGUCACAAAACCUAACUUAUUGAUGAUAUUCAUUUGAUUCCUUACUCACUUUCUUUGCCAAAGAAAUAGGAUAUGAAAGACACCCCUUUUAAUCCGUAUCAACUUCACUUGUUUUACAUGCGCUCUGUUGUUAUGUGUGUAGCGGUACAUUUACAUUUAGAGCUGUGCUCUUACAGCAGCCAGUGAUCCUUGACGACUUCUUUUUCCCUUAAGUGACGAGGAAAUCCUAAUUUUUGCAUAAAAACGUAUAACUCUGGGCACUCUAGAUUUGAUAGGUUCAGAGUUCUUUGCCUUCUUACAGGUUUCCUUUGGACAUAGUCUUAAUUUUACUUCUCUUUUUAAUGCAUUAAAGGGCAAUAGGCCAUUUCUGAGUGUAUCAGAAUGAGGUUAAGUGCUCAGUCUUUGAUACAGAGAUGAUUUUUCAUUCUCAUGCAAAUAAAACUCAUUUCCACAAAAAAGGUUGUGAACUUGACCUCAUUUUGAAAGUGAGGGUUUUUGGAACUGUAUUUAAAGGAGUUAACAACUGGGAGUGCCUUCAUUGUUAGUGGUCAGUGGCUAUUGUGUACAUGUAUAUGUAUGCUCAGUACAUGUACCGGUAGUUUGCUACAUUGUUCAUGUUUUGUAUGUCUUAGGCAGUGUGAGGCAUUUCUUCAAGCUUAAAGGUUCAUACUGCCAGUUUUUAUUGUUCUCCUCCCCUUCUUUUUUCCACUUAUAAUUAUCAGUGUGCUGGUUGCCUGUUUUUUCUUUGUGUGGGGUCGCAUGGCUGGACUGUGGCUGUGCCAGCCAUUGGGGCGUUAUUCAAUCUGGGGGCUGGCUGCCAAAAGGGGAAGCACCUGGAUAUUCCAGUCACCUAACCUCCACCAAGUGAUGCAGUUGUUAACUUUGUAGUAAGAGGUGGUUGGUUUCCAGAGAUGGUCACAAAUCAAUUAAGUUUCACCAUGUUCUUAAUUUUGACCAACAUGUUGAUUGUGAUGUAGGGUUGCUGGUGAUGUCAUAGCUGGUGUAAUUACCAAGUGUCUCAAUGCCAGACCCAAGACUAAAGAAAAGGGAAUUGAGAUUAUUUUGAUGUACAUUGAGGUUGAGAAGCAAGAUGUUGUUCAGGUAAGAGAUGAAGCAAUAGAGACCUUAAGAUCAAGAAGUCAUGUGACCAGUGCCUUGUCGUCAGGUUUGCUGUUUGAGGGUUGCAUUUCUAUGGCUAGACCAUGUUCUAGAGGUAAUUGAUUUACCGCAAAUUUUUUUGCACUCCCAAAACUCCACAAUCCAAGGUUUGAGAGAAAAUACUACUUUUAAGAUCUCUCUUAAACUAUUUUUCCUUGAAACGUAAUUUUGAAGCCGAUUUCUCAGUUAAAAUAGAGGUGAACAAAUGAAUGAAAACUUGUAAACAUGGCAGCUGCAAGCUACCACCCGCUAAUCCUACAUAUUGGCAGAUGGGUAACUUGAAACCGCGAACUCGCCAACCAUGGUGUGCUGUUUGCGGUAAGAUGGCCAAACCUUGAACUUGAAGUCUCUAAUAUAUUUUAAACAUCCUUGAACUGACGAUGAAUGCUGAAACAUGUCUAUCCUCCAAUCACUUGAUUUCAGUGGUAGUCAACUGUAAAUAAUGUUAAUCCAUGCCUGCUUUUUCUCUUUAGGAGGAAGUAUUAAAAGGACUCGACAAUAAACAGCCAAAAAUUGUUGCCGCUUGUACCAAUGUGCUUUGCCGAGCUAUCAGGUACAGUCCAAACAUUUUUUCAAUUAUCAGGGUUGUCACUAAGAUUUGUAGUUGCCAGGAAUAAUUUAUACAAUAUUAUUAGUAGGUGGGGAAUGGAAGAGCUAGUAAGUUUUUUUAUGUUCUACCCUGGAAGCUCUCAUAAUGGACACUCGCGUAAGUUGACAGUUCUACUUAUAACUGCCUUCACAAAACCCCGUUCUUCUCAGCUCCCAUGCAAAAUCUGUAUUUUUGCAUUCCAGUAAGCGGCCAGCGUCAGUUAUGGACACCUUUUUUGUGUUCCGUGGGUGUCUGCUUAUGAGUGCUUUCACUGUAUUUUCCUCUUAGUUCGCAUAAAGGUAGCUGGGGGAAAUCCCUUACAAUUACUGGUAAAUGUUUUACUCUAAAGAUGGUGAUCAUGUGAAUAAUAACCAGUCUUACCCUUUUACAGAACUAACUUCCUGAUAUUAGCGCUUAAAAGUUCAAUAAUAGAAAUUGUAUCUGUAUUCGCUUCUUGUCAGUACAUCCCGGUGACAAAUAAAAUGAUGGAAAAUUCAACGUUCAAUCAUUAAUAUUACUCUUAUACUCUGUAUAAUAAAGAAUAAUGAUUCUACUUUAUAAUAAUUAUUAAGUUGAAGAUAUACAUUUUUUUCUAAUAGUGAAUUUGGUGGUAAAGUGUUUAGUCUCAAGCCCAUUGUUAAAGUUUUACCCAAACUGUUUGAUCACAGUGAUAAAACUGUUAGAGGAGAGGUAGGAGUUUGCUAUUUUCUGUCAGUAAUGUAUUUUUUGUAAUAAUUGGUUUAUCGUCAUUUGAAUUAAAGUACUGUAUUAUUAUAUCAAAUAAUAAUAAUUGCAGGCAAAAGCCCUUGCUGUUGAAAUAUACAAAUGGAUAAGGGACAUCAUCAAGUCACAGCUACAGAACAUCAAGCCAGUCCAGGUUAGUUUUUCUGUUAGCCUAAGAGAACAGUCAAAAUGUUAGAAAACCGUCACUGAAACCGUUACAAAAUCGGACGACCGUGUAGCAGGAGUCCGAUUUGUUUAAUCACAAGUAUGAUUACAGACCGAAUUGGACGACACGAAGUUCUGUUACCAAUUAAUCACAACUUUAACAAAAUUUGUGACAUAACAGGCUAUUUUUUCAAUCAAAACAAAAUAAAUUCGAAGUUUUGUUUUGGUAGCAGUGAAAAAAAAGCCAUUCAAGCGCGCUUGUGAUGGCGCGUACUGUCCAAUUACUUAGGCGUGACGCGUACUGUCCUAUUAAACUGGUCAAUUAAGGCUAAAAUCAGGGCAGUUGAUAGCCAAUCAGAUAUGACAAUUUUGUUAUAGUUAUGAUUAAGAAAAAAAUAGCUGUUUUUUUACAAAAAGUAAUUUUGAUUUCAAACAAAAUAAGAUUAAAGACAAUUAAGUUCAUGAAUUUCAUUGAUUUUUAAAUUGUUUACGGUAGUUUGUAGAAAGUAUUAUUUGGAAGGCUGAUCAUUUUUUUCGUGAUUUCUGAUUAAGAAAAAAUUAGCUGCUAUUUACAAAAAUUAAUUUUGAUUUCAAUCAAAAAACAUUAAAGAGAAUUAAGUUGAUGAGUUUGAUUGACAUGUAAGUUGUUUACAUUGGUUUGUAGAAAGUAUUAUUUUGAGGGCUAAGCAUUUUGUAGUUAAGUUUAUGUACAUGUACUUACACAGUACAGGUACCGUAAAUCCUCUGUUAAGCCCCCCCUUCAAUUUGAAGGGGGAGUGGGGGACUUAUUUAAUUUAGCAAAGGUGAUAAAGAAUUAGAAUGUAAAGUGGAAAAGCUCAAGUAAAACGGUUGGAAGUCCUGCAGCCAAGGAUCAAAAUAAAAAAUUAUCUGACCCUCCACCUCGUGAAUAAACCAUCCUGAAUCAUCCCACAUGAAGUGCUACAGUUGGGUUUGAUUAAUACUAACAGUUUAUUAUUUAUUAGUGAAGAAUAAUAAGAGGGAGGGGUUGAGAGGCUUAUUAACUUCCUUCCCCGGAAAAGGGAGGGCUUAUUGGAGAGGGGGGCUUAUUUGAAGGGGGAGGGAGGGCCUUAAAAGAGGAUUUAUGGCAUAUAAAAAAAUUAAAUAAAAAUAAAUGAUUCAAGACUAUUUUGAAGUCCAUGGUAAUUAUUCAUGUGGUGACAAUAAGCUCAUCAGCUGUUACAACUGACCACUCAUUAAUUAUUGAUAAUUCCUUCUUUUUGACAAGUUAUGCAAGUAUUAAUGAGGUUUUCCCAUAAAUGAAAAAAUGGAGUGAUUUUGGCAAAAUACUGUGUCAUGUUGGGUGUGUUCUGUCCAAUCAUAGAUUCUAUAAUCAGCUGUUCACAAAAUUAAUGUUCUGAUUUUUGAACCAAUUAAGAUUUAAUGACAGGGAGUAAGUGUCGUGUAGAAUGAAAAAAAUGAGGUUAUGAUGAUUUCCAUAUGAAACAAAUUAACUUAUGAGUGAAAGACAUUGAAAUGACAUGAAAAGACAUGGAAAUGAUUGACCAGGCUACAUUCUACAGUGUGUGGGCUAAAUUUCACCAUUAGCACUUCAAGGAUUUAGUUUCAAAAUGUUUUAAAAUCCGUUUGGAGUUCUCAGCCAUGGAGAUUAAUAAGUGGUGUAUGACAAGGAGUGUUAAUAUGGAAAAAAGGGAUGCACCAAUUACCAAGAAUAAGAUUUUGCAUGCUUCUUGUCAGCUGAAAAUGACUGUUUGAACUACACUGCAUGGAGGAGUUUCUUAUGUAGAUCUUUAUUCAAGGGAUUCAGUUUUACAGUUAAAAAAUCUGUCCAUGUUCCCAGUCAUGGAGAUCAUUAUUGGUAGUGUGUUGUUCAAGGCUUUUAUGAAAGGGUCUCAAAAGUCUUCAUUCAAUAAUUCAAAACUGAGGAUCAGGAGAACUGAGAUUAAAUCUGUGCGGGGAAGGUUCUCGUCUGAGAAACCGUGUCACAAUUCACCUGGUACCCCAAUAGAGAGACUUUCUCUCAAUACGACGGUAAUGCUAGCCUCAGCUGAAUUCAUUGUGCUAACGCUCAAGAUUUAGAUAGUGUAUUAAUUUAUGACAGAUUGCACCUUCAUAACAGUUUUUUUGUGAUAUUAUUAAAAAAAUUCUGUUUCAUAAUCCUAAUUUCUAAACAUUAUCUAGCGUAUAUUCAAUACUUUUCCAGUUAAGUGAUCAUCAUGGAGGCUGCCAUUUUGUUGUGAAAUUAUGGGUUUUGUUGGGCUCCUGUCUCUUAAUUUUUUGUUCAGCUCUCCAUAUCUUAGAAAAACAUGGUUUUCAAAAUAAAAUGGAGGUGAUGGAGGACUGAAAAAAAUUAAAUGCUCGGGAUGCUGUUAGACGAGAGGGGCUUUGUGGACCUAAGACUGUUAUAACAUUCAAUUUGUCAAUUUGAAUCAAGGCAGUGAAAUUGCGAGAGGAGACAAAGAAAUUGCUUGUCACUGGUUUAUUUCGACUACCCUGAGGGUAUAUCCCAAAUUUGUCUUGGAAGACCAUCCAGAGGGUAGUGCAGUGGAACCUAGAUAUAAUGAAGGGCCAAGGAACUGGCAAAAUAUGUUUGCUAUAACAAGGUUUCAUUUUCACAGGGCACUUUUCCAUAUAGUUAUUUUACUGGGGUGAAGAAUAAUAAUUUUUAUUACACUUUGUUAUAGAGGCUCAUUUAUAAUGAUAUUCCACUGUAGUAGUUUGAGGGUAGCUGUUACAAGUCAAAAUUAAAUUCAGGUUAAACUUUUUUUCCUAGGUUAAUUCUCGAUUUCCCUUGUCUCCUAGCUCCAAUUAUUCAUGAAUUAGGGUUAGGAAACAAAGGAAUUUGAGGAUCAACCUACAUUAAAAAAUUUUAACCUGAAUUUAAUUUUGACCUGUAACAUAGCCACUUAAGGCUUUUUUCACUUACAGAGUCGCAAGAAUCUGGACAUCACUUUUUUGUUUUUCAUUUUUGCUUAUUUCUCUGUUUGCUAAUGAUCCAGUGAAAACCAGAUUGUUGGCAGUGAAAACAGAAGCAGAAGAAUAAACUAAUCGAAAUGCUUGUUACCAUGAGAUGUGAUUGGUUUAUUAGUCCUUCUGCUUCCGCUGUUUUGCCAAUGAAGUGUACCAAGAUAUGAAAUAAGUGUGAAAUAUAUUAUGAUAAUAGAGAACUUAAGAACCACGAUGAAGUUCACGACCACCAUGUCUCUUGGCUGGGAAAAGACUGGAACGAGAACGUCAGUUUGGGCGGGAAAAAGGAAACUUAAGAUGCAGUCGAUCGGUAGGUUGACAACGACGACGACGCUGAAUGUAAACACAAAUGUAAAACUGUGAUGUUCGUUCGCAACAAAGUUUUUUGCAAUAGCAUCUUUUAAAACAAUGCAAGAUCUCAUUUGUUUAAGCCGUACGUCUAAUUUCAUUGACCAUGAAAAAUUUUUUGUGUUGUCUGACCUUUUCGAGUGGAAAAACCUGCUUUCCGUACGAAGAUUAUUCAACUUCAACUGAAUGAGAUGACCAAGUCCGAGUGUCUGUCAGAGUUUAGAAUUGGCAAAAGAGAAAUGCUGAUGUGAAAGUUAUUUUCCAUAUAAAGUUUAUUUCCUCGAUAUUAAACAUAUAUGAUUUGACUUAAAAUAAACUAAACUUAUCACUUAUGAGCUCGCUCUCUGGGCCCCCACAGCUGUUGUCAUUCUUCGAAGUAAAAACAAUUCAUUAGUCGAAUUUUCAAUCAACACCGCUUGAUAGGAGAAAAAGGAACAAUACCUUGAUCUACGAGGAUGAGAAAAUGCAAAGAACUUCAAAAAUCGCUUAAAACAGUGGACUUAUACCUGCCGAAGCUUGUGGAUUGCAGGAUGACGUGAUUCUACUUUGUUUGGUGUCAUCGACAACACCACAACGACGAAAUUUACUUGUCACGCUUGCGCAGUACACUGUAACUCACUUCCGGUCGUCGUUGACAAAGUCGUGGUGGUGGUUCUUAAGUUCCCUAAUAUUAUGAUAUCUCUCAUAAGCUUUGUAUAGUUUCUGUUACGACUCCUGCACCACUUCUCUUUUUCCACUUAUCUUUUAUUUUUUGUAUUUCUGUUAUUGUGUGGCAAGUAAAUAAAAUAAAAUAUCAAAGUUUAAUUUCAAGAUACACCAUCUCUUACCUCACUAUAUGAUAAACAAUAUUACAUUUUUAUACAGAUUUCUUAUUACACUUAGUUGUCCUAUAAUGCUGACAGCCAGCUGUUUACAAAAUGAAGGCUGUUUAUAACUCUUAACUGGCAAUACCUAGUUCUAUCAUUUUAUGUUGCUUCAAUUUCUGUCUCCUUUCUUCCUAUAGAUGAAAGAAUUGGAAGAAGAAUGGGCAAAACUUCCACCUGCCCCACCUGCUCCCUCCAGAUUUACAAGAAGCCAGCAGGCAAAAAUGGCAGAAGGAGCAGCAACUGCACCAGCUGCUGGUGGGGGAGGGGAUGAGUCAGCUACAGACGGAGGUAAGUGAACUUACUUGGCUGCAGCUGGUUGGCUCAGUUGGGAGAGUGCCGGUCUGCUGAGCAGGAGGUUUCGAGUUCACACCCUGACCGGACGAACACUCAGUGUCUUUAAAUAAGUGAGAAGAAAGUGCUGCCUUUGUAAUGACAUCUGCAUUUCUCAUCUUCAUGGAUAAGGAUGAAACACUACAGGUCCUGUCUCACAGCCCUUUCACUUCUCUGGUUCUUGUAAGACAUAAAAGAACCCACGACACCUUGCAAAAAGAGUGGGGGAUGUAGCAUAGAAGACGUAGACCCCGGUGGUGUGACCAACCUUUCCUGGGCUGGGUGGGUUAUCUGUGAGGGGAGAUCUUAAUAUAGGGAUAACCUAAUGACCCUCCUUGAGGUGUCAUAAUGACUACCGGUAAACAGUGCAUGUAUGUAUUGUAACUUCAAUUCUUGCUUCCUGAUGAUGUCAUGUUUGAUACCGGGUACAUAGAAUUUAGAAUUCUUGAUUUGUGUUUGCAGGAGUUAGUGCUGCUGAACCAGAGGCUAUUGAUCCAUAUGAGCUUAUUGAAGCAGUCGAGAUUCUCUCUAAACUUCCCAAGGACUUCUAUGAAAACUUGGUAAGUGAUGCUGCUGAAAGAGAACUACAGUGGAACCUCUCCUUUUGUCUACAAUCGGCGACAAAAUGAGUUGAAACACUUCGCCCGAAACUGCGUUUUUACAUUUUACUAACUUCAAAAGGAGGAAAUAUAGCUUUUCUUCCCCCAUCCCCUCCAUACAAUGUUGUGCCAAUGUUCGAGCUACCUAUAGAAAACAAUAAACACCCCAACUUUGAAUGGAGGGGACAGGGGAGGGGUACGGAUUCUUUUGUUCUCCAAAGUUACCCUAUUUGAGUAGAAUGUAGCUGCUUGCAACUAUGACUGAGGCAGAUUCCGAGGCAGAAUAAAAGAAAAAUAUUUUAUUUGUUGGUUAAUUAUUAACAAAACCCAGCUCAACUUCCACUAAGGGGACACUUGCCUUGAUCCCAAGGGAGUUCCCUGAACAGAGGUUCCACUGUAAUUUUAGUUUUAAUUUUUUGCAGUAGUCACCUUAUAAAUGGAGGUAAUGAGAAACCCCGAGUUGUCUAAGGGUAGACCCUCUUUUACCUCGAUCCUUAAGUACCAGUUAGGGUUUUUAUUGGAGCAGGGUUGAAUCAGUGAAAAUGGAGGGCUAUGGGUGUUUACCAUUAAUACAAACCAUCCAGGUGUAAAUCUUGUGCAUAAACUGAACAGUCUCAGAAGAGUAGAAAAAUUGCAUCCCAUCAAAUCAUUGCCCAUGUUUUUUGAAGCUCCCCAAACAGAAUGGCACGAACCAUUUGAUUUUCCACAGGCAAUUUCUUGAUUUUCCAUGUUUAAGGGAAGUACCUGAGGAGUAACUUAGAAGUACAUUGGGUGUACAUGUAAAUAAGAGAAAUUCAGGGGUGGUGCAGGGGAUGAAGCCUGGGUGACACAGGGGUAAAGGUGAAGUGAAAAGGGUUGGGGUAGGAGGGGAAAGGAGGGGGUGGAUCCCCUCAGGGUAAAGUACAGGUUAAGUGGGGAUGUACAAGUAAAGUGGUGGUAUAAGUCUGAUCUACAAUAACACUAUGUUUGGAAGCUGAAAACUUUUUUCAUGAUUAAAUUUCCAGGAGAACAAAAAAUGGCAGCUAAGAAAGGAAGCACUUGAAGCACUUGAGAAACUUGUUUCAAACCCAAAACUGGAAGGUGGCCAGUAUGGUGAGCUCAUGGGGGCACUGAAGAAAGUAGGUAUUGUAACAUGGUAUUCCUUAUGCCUGUUAUUGUAACCAUUGCCACAGCCUUAAAGAAAAAUGACUUUAAACAUGUUUUGCCAGACUGAAGACAGGUUAUCGUUUCAAUGCAUUUCAAGAUGUUAAGGAAGCCAGCUUCUUUAUCACUAAAGGCCGUGUUACUACAUUUAGUUGACCAAAGACUUAGAGUUGCAUGUUAUACUUAUGCUUAGCUAAUUAAUAUGCAGUGCUAAAUAAGCUGGUAUGGAGAGUUACUUUUUUUUCCUCUUUGCAUGAUGGAUUUAGAAAUGUAGGCUGACCUUGUUUUCCCUGCUUUGUUUGCAGAUAAUUUCAAAGGAUGCGAAUGUCAUGGUUGUAGCCUUAGCGGCCAAGUGUGUGGGUCUAUUAGCUACGGGACUGCGCAAAAAGUUUUCACAGUAUUCAUCAAUGAUUAUCCCUCCCAUAUUAGAGAAGUUUAAGGAAAAGAAAGCAAAUGUUGUGUCUGCUUUAAGAGAAGCCAUAGAUGCUGUCUUCCUCACAGUAAGAAUUUUGCAUCCUCUGUAUCUCAUUAGCAUGCCUGUAAGAAAUAGAAGGUUCUUGUACCUGUUCUGGCCAGUUUUAUUUGCCAGUAUUUGGAGUGUGAAUCACAGCUGGUUAAAGAAUAAUUAUAGAGACUUUUAGAGUGGACUGCUGGUCACAAGGUGACAUAACCAGCUUUAAAUUCUUAAGUCAAACUCACACUUCAUACAUGUACUUGUGUUCCAAGCUUAUUAAAUUUAAGUCCCUUACAUCUUAUUUUGUUGAAAAUUUCAUGGCUAAAACCAGUUUCUUUAAUUUACAAUCUUUUCUUUGAAAAUCUUAAGGUGUAAUUAUUUUAUUAUUUUGUUUUUGUUAUACAUUAGACUAAUAUGUCUGCAAUGCAAGAAGACUUGUUGGCAUCUCUUGAAAGCAAGAACCCAUCAGUGAAAGAGGAGACUGUCAGAUUUCUGACUCGUUGCUUCUGCAAAAGCACACCUGCAGCUCUGCCCAAGACUUUCCUGAAGCCAGUUUGUAGCAGUCUUCUUAAGGUGAUACCUUAUGAAACUGAGCCAUUCAUUACUUUUGUGGUUUUCACGAGUGCGACAGCCACAACCAUGGACAUAUGUCCAAGUAUAAAACUUGAGUCCUUCAUGUGGGGGCAAAUAUUUUUUCUGAUGCUUGUGCUUUUUUAUUCUUUUAUUGCCAAAUAGAACCAAGCCUUGCUAUCAUGGUUUUAAUUCAGGUUCCAUUUUUUGUUUCAAUCUCAAAGGGGACAAUGACAUCUAAUUCACUGGCUGUUAACCAAAUGAAUUUGAAAAGGCUCUGACUUGUGCCUUAUAUGUCUGACGAUGAUAGUCAUGUUUAUCAUUUGUCUCAUUAUGGUCACUAUGUCUUUGCUUGAGAGGUGGAUAGCACUAUCAGGGCUGUCACUAAGAUUUCAAGUUGCCGGGUAAAUACAACAAGUAGGAGGGACUCAAACAGCUAGAGAUUUCUUUUGAUUCUAUUUUCCUAUGAAAGUAGCUGGGGGCCACGUUCGUAGUAGCUGGGGGAAAUCUCCGGCCCCCGCCUCUUAAUGACAACCCUGCACUAUCCACUGGAUAAAUUCCCAUCCAAAGGAUAGCCCUUAUCUGUUUUUGUAAUACUUAUCCUCUGGAUAGCGAUUUAUCUGGUGGAUAGCACUAUCCAACUUUUGAACAGCCAGGACCUGGUCUUUUUCAGGUAAUGACUCCGUAAUUUACUAAGUGGGACCAUUAGUAAAUCACCACCUUCAUCACCUGAUGAAGACCAGCAGUAAACCACAGAAACGUUGUGAUUGAAGUGACUUUUGUGAGACAAACAAUAAACAAACUGAUUGUACUCAUGUGAAAAUGAAUAACAUCUUUCAUUACAUGUCUAAAGAUGUGUUGGAAAGAAAACUGGUGAGCUUGGCUCUGUUUGCUUAGCUUUGAACACAACCCAUUUGAUGACAUGCCUUGUACUAAACAACAAAGAAAGUUAACAGCAAAGAAUAGCUAGGCAGAUUUUUGAACUUAAACUACCACCCAUGUUGUUGUAGUUGUCACAUCAAUAUUAGCAAGGAGUUGUCUCAAGGAGUUUCCUGUAUCAAAAGCUGUGUGAAGGUUUUGACAUUAUUGGUUUUAUCUUGUAGAGAAUGGAUGACACAUUUGGACCAGUAAGAGAUGCCACUGCAGAAGCAUUAGGUACUCUGCUGAAGGUUAUGGGCGAAAGACCAUUAAACCCAUACAUUGAACAACUUGACAAAAUCAAGAUGGACAAGGUAAUGUUCUGAUUGCCUCCUGUAUUUUAUGUUAUAUGCAAUAGAAAACAUUUUCCAUGGUUGCAUAGCUUGAUAUAAGCACAAGAUAGAGUGUGUUGGGGGAAUUCAACACAGUUAUCCAAACCUGAGAUGAAGUCAAGGGCUUGCAUAACUAUUGAGAAUUCUCCCAACCCCUCGAGUGUUUAUGGUUAUGUUAGUGACAUAUUUCGGAGUUCUACUAAAGCAUAGUCCUGUGCUACUCUCCUCAGUGGGGGGUGUUGCACAAGAAAUUAUCCUGUCAUGAGAAAACAGCUGACAUUUUGUGAUUCCAACUCUGGUUUUCUAUGAAACCAACCAGUCAGAAGCACAACCCAGAUCUGGGUAGUGAUGCAUCACCAGUAUAAAAUUUUUGCAUUUGCAUCUAAGAUGUAAUUUUGCAGGAAAACUAGUGGUGGCAUUGCAAAGUGUUGGCUGUUUGCUCAGGCUUAAAUAAUCCAGGCUAAAUAGGAUUGAAAGGGCUUAGCAGUGGACUCGAAAUUUACUCUCAGGUGAAAGAGUGUGCUGAGAAGGCUGAGAUAAGUGGCAAACCUGCUGCUGGUGCAAGUGCAGCUGCCAAACCAGCUGCUCCUGCUAAAACAAGCACAGAUGGAGGCAAGAAAUCAGAGGCACCUGCUAAGAAACCAGCACAGAAACAAGCUAAACCUGCUGCUGAGUCAGCCAAACCAGCAUCUUCAGGAGGAGUAUGUUUUCUUUUUUUAUUAUUUGUUGUGUUAUGGACUGUAUUUGGUUGAAUGUGAAACAGCCUACAAGUGUGAACGGAAAUAAGCUAUAAUAAGAGCUAACAUCAAAUUUAAUUCUGUACCACAUACUUGUACAUUAUAUCUCAGAAGUCUUUUAUUAAUUUUAGACGCACAUCAUAUAAUAAAUAACAUUAUAAUAACUUGAAAGAGGUUCCAACUUCGAUGCUUUGACUGAGAAAAUUUUGGUGUUGUAAAAAAGGUGGUUUGACUGUAUGGACUUCAAAUUUAACAGUUUUGUUAAUAGAAGUUAAGGCUAACAUAAUUAUUACUGUUGAUUACAGGUCUUGAGUGUUUGUAGUUGUAAUAGUAAUUUUCUUUUAAUAUGAUGACUUUCUUAGCCCCCCAAAAAGAAGGCAGGCUCAUCUGGUGGAGGAAAAGCAGGAGCUAAAGGAAAGAAGGCAUCAUCUGUGAGUGGUUUUGACAGUGAAGAACCUACUGAGCCAGAAAUGUCGGUAAGAAACUUGUGCACUUUGCAUGGUAAUUUUUUAAAUGUCUGAAAAAUGUUACAGUGAUAACUUUGUCAUUAUUUAAAAAUAUGGUGUUCUGAGAAGACUAAAGUGAGUUCCAGGGGAUAAGUAUGUUGGGUGAAGGUUCCACAAUGUUGUGUUAAUAAUGAAUAGAUUAAUUGAUCACUCAAUAAGCAAGUAAAUAAUGAGAAAUUGAAAAAAAAAAACAAAAAAAAAAAAACACCACCUUAACAGUAUGCCACGCCAUAUUCCAUAGGGUCAUAAAAUGAAUAAAAUCUCUCAGACAUUUUAACUAUUGUCGACCACAUCAUUGAUUCAUUGUAGCCAGAAGAAGUGGAUGCUAAAGCUGCAGAGAUUAUUUCGGAGACUGUGCUCAAGCAACUAGCGGACACUAACUGGAAAGAAAGGCUGGCUGGUAUAGAAGCUUUAAGUGAUGUAAGUACAUGUAUGUGUGAUUGGCAAACAGCAGUUUGAAUGUGAGUCAUACAGAUUAAAUUUGAUCAUGUAGAUUGCAUUUAUUUUGUAUCAUCUUCUUGAUUGAUACAUUGUGUCAGCUACUGUGUACUUACAGUGUAAGUGGCUCACUGCUCCUAAAAUAAUCUGCAAUUGUUGUAAGAAUUCAUGGAGCUGAAACCAACAAAGUCAUAGCCAUAUUUCUUGUUUGUAAACAUUGGUUUUGUUAUUUAAAUGUGCUUACAACUGAGGCAAAAGAACCCAUUGUUUCAAGAGCUAAUGAGCCUGUGGUUGGCACAUUAAUAUCAUUACGUGACCUAACUUACUGCAGGGGUCGAACUCAGAAAACCAUGAACACCUGAAAUUUUUCAGGAAUGUUGAUUGUGUACUGGCCAAUUGCAAUAAAGUUCAGGAUAUGCAAACUAACCUCAAAACCAUUGCUGUUUGCGGUUUAGUUAUCUUGUGGCUUAUUGGCUAAUUUCCUGCAACACAACAACAUUUCAUAAAUAUUUCUGGUGUUCACAGUUUUGUGAGUUUCACAGUAAAAUAUUGCUAUUGCACACAUUUUGGGUAUCCUUCCUACUGAUGAACAGUUACUCUGUUUAGUUUUGCAGGAGCAUUAACAUUGUUAUCUAAUUCUGUCCCCUUUGAAUACCUUGAAUAGUCUUUACAGGAACUGUUCACAGCUGUUCAUCUUAAGGGUUAUGCCAAAAUUAGCCCCUUCCUUUUUAUCAUUUAGUGUACAGUUUGCUGUUUUCUGUUACCUCUUACCUGGAACAAAUGAAGAUGCCAAUGUAACAGAGGUAGUUUUUUGUCACAUAGUUGAGAUGCUGAAUGUUAUUUUUUCUUUCAGCUUGUUAAAGGAAUGGAUCCUAAGGCUUCCUCACAAGUCCUGAUCAGAGUUCUAGCAAAGAAACCAGGCUGGAAAGACACUAACUUCCAGGUAAAAUGAAUUUAGAGUUAUUAGAGUGGUUCUAAGUCUACAAAAGAAAUCUGCAGGGGAUGGACUUGUUGUUCAUGAAGGGGCUAAAAUUGCAGAUAAUGUUAUCACUUUAUAGGAUGUUCAGGACUAAUUACUAGUAUUUUUCCCAUCCAAGUAUCGUCUAGGGCUGUGGGUAACACAAUAAAACAAUGCAAUUUACACCUCCAGACCUGAUCGUACAUGACAAUUGAAAUCACCUUUAGAAUGUGGUGUCUUUUAAGCACUAGCCCAGAAUGGUUGUCUUUAGGGAUUCAAUCUCAAUAUUCUGAUAAAAGUCUUGAAAAGUUCUUGAAAUUCACUACCUUGUUUACAUCAGGAUUGUCAGAAAGUGUUCAAGUAGACGGCUGAGUUGUCAAAGUAAGCGACCAAUCCAGGGAUAUUUUAUUUAAAAAACGGCAUCCAUAAAGAAAUGCUAAGCAAAGUGGCCGGCCCAUACUAACCAAUUAGGUGGUGAUUUUUGGCGGCAGCGGCCCACUUUUGAGAACCCUGUGAUGUCCAACAAAGCUUCUGUAAAAUUAGAUUUUUUUGCCAAGGAGAUGUUGGCUCAUCCUCAGUGUAAGAACCUGUAAAACUCACGGGUAAUGUAACAACAUUUUUGUGCUUCAUUACUAGGAAUGCUAUUUCUGAACCUCAGAUGCAAUUGCUAGUCAUUUUUGUUAUCAACCAUGGCGGAAGAAAUAAAAAUCGUAAAUGACUCCAUGACAUGUUUUAGCCAUUCAUGAGGUGUUUAAAAGGGGGUUAAGGAAUGUCGAUUUAUUGAAUAAUUCACAGUCCUUGAAAACUGUAGUUUGUCCUUGAAAAUUCCUUGAAAUUUGUAUGUCUGAGGUUGUGUGGACCAUGAUUUGUCUUUGAAGACAUAAUGUUGACAAUAACCAGGAUCUGAGUAGUUUCUCAUUUUAAAAUAUUUGUCAGGUUCUGAAAGCCAAGUUUGCAUUAUGUCAGUAUAUUGCACGGAACAUGAAGUCCUUUUCAAAACGCAGUGCUUUUUAUGCUCUUGAUGGAUUGGUUGACAAAAUUGGGGAUAUCAAGGUAAGAAAUCUGUUUACUAUAGCUAACCUAACAUUAACCCACCGUCAUUUGAUAAGCUUACAAAUCUGGCUCCUUGUAAGUUUGAAGGAAGUGCCUUACAGUCAAACCAGGUCAACCGUUCCUGUCGCUAACGAACUAAUGAAUUCAUUCACGGAAAAAUGAUUUCGUUUGUUGAUUCAAUAAUCCAUUCAUAAAAUGAACAAUCCAAUAGUCAUAUUUAGCCUCGAUUCCAUAAUCGAAUGUUGAUUUGAUUACUGUUUUUUGAAAAUUACACUUUCCACAAGUUGACCUCAGAAUUUUGUUUUUUCCUCUUUUUUUUCUGAGAGUCGAGUGCUGGCGAGUUCUGAAGUUCAAACCCAAACAAACUGUUACAUGUACGCCAGUUUGCUGCCAAUCAGUGCAACAGACCUAGGCCUGACCUCUUAGAAAACACGACGGUCAAACUGAGGUCAGUGUAUGUGCGGUGAUUGGUGGAUUUCGAUCCUCGGCCUUUGUCAGUUUCUUUGUGUUUGCGGUCUGUCUAUUCUAGCUGUUAUUUUGAUUAAAGGCAAUGAAAAACGCAAUCAUAAACGGCAGGAAAAGGGAAGCAAAUACGAUUGGACACAACAGACAAGAAUAAAGAACAGGUAGAUUUUGUUCAUAAACCAAAUCAACAUUUGAUUAUUGAAUCGAGGUACAAUUUGACCGUUGGAUUAUUCAUUUUAUGAAUGGAUUAUUGAAUCAACAAACAAAAUCAUUUUUCCAUUAAUGAAUUCAUUAGUUUGUUAGCGACGGGAACGCUUGACCUGGUUUGACUGUAACAGUCUAGGUAUGACAGAGAAGCAUACAGGAACCAAGACAAGAACUUUACUUUUAUGCCCCACACAGACAAAAAGAGAGGAAAAGUGACAAUACUACUUAUGUUAGGUAUAAAGCCACCUAAAAAUUAGAGGUAAUUAAGUUAGGAGGUAUUAUGAUGACUGGCAACAGGAACCAUCACUGAAAAUAAGUACAUUGGAAAGACUUACAUGUAAGGUUACCUGAUGUGAUUUGUACCUCCCUAGAUAAAUUACUGUUGGGGGUUUUAUGGUGGGGCCACAGCUGCAAAUGACAGUGAGUCAUUCAUCAGGAAGUGUCCAAAUAAAAUUGGCACAUGUCUGUUGAAAUCCUGCCUGCCAUUUGGCAUGAUGACCAGACAGAUCAAACACCGAAGAUUUCAAUUUUGCAUUUAAAGACUUGCAUACUCCUUAAAGGAAUGAAAAGUCAACUUCAUGUACUUCUCUGAAAAGGCUGCUUGGUCAGAUAUACCUCCUUUCUGAAAACAACAAUUUAUUAUUUACAGGCUUGUGGGGCUAGAGAAUUUGCUUGAAAGAGCAGUGAUCUAGAAGCAGAGCUACGUGAGCAAAAAGCAAUAUGUAAUCUAGCCCAGCAAUCCUAAGAGUUGCCCCUCAGUCACAUGCAGGAGCAAGUGGACGCACAGUGGAAAAAAUGUGUCUCCACGUUCAAUGUACCAUAGCUGUCAAAUAAGAAAUCUAAGAUUUUAGAUUUGUCAUGUAGUACUAAAAAGUUAUCUUCAAGUAUGAUUUAAGAACCAGUACCUGGAAAUCUCGAAGGAGAGAUGAUGUAGGCGAUAUACAGCUGUAGUGUCUAACACUUGUUUGACAAUCUUUAAAAUGUUUGUUUGUCUUCUUAAACAGUUAAAAGAUGUAAGCAAGGAGGCACUGACUACAUUUGCAGAAAUGAUAUCACUAAACUACAUUAGUUUAAAGGUGGGUGUGUUACAAUGGACUCAUGGAACCAGUUUUUUUAGAUUUGCUUUUGCCUUCUUAUCGUUUGGUUGGAUGAGAAAAUAUAUUGUCAAAUUGUCUCUCUCCAAGGCAUCUUGAUGUUAAAAAAAGUUGCCACCUUUGCAACCCCAGAGAAUUGAUCCAUGAAGAAAUGAAAAUGGUUAGCAAUUUGUUCUCUGAAUUGUAGUAAAAUGGUAGAAACUUUAUUCUUUCUCAUUUGCAACGUGAUGCUCUCAGUAAAAGCUUCUGUAUGGCAAGCUAUGGACAACAUUUCCCAGCAUUGUGUUCUGUAGUGAAAAAGUUGAAUAUGAAUACUUCUCUAAGAGAUGAGUUUGCACAAUACAAAGUGCACCUAUAAAAAUGUGCCAGUUAACCAGUAACCACAGCAUAGACCUUUUCGCUGUUUUUUCAACUUUUUACAUAGCAAGUGAAAGGGAAAACCCGUUGACACCACUUGAAAGAGCUUCUUAAAAUUAGUACAAUCGGCAAGUUUGAAAGUGACACGUCUUAAGUAAGCAAAGAUGUAGCUCCUCAAAGUUGUGGAAAUUUGCAGAUGUUUGUGCCCCCCGCUUACAUAAAGGCACUCUUUCCAGCAAAAUUGAUGGAUUUUCCCGAACUUGUCCAUGUCAAAAGUUGAAAAAAAAAAUGUGCAAAGGUCUAUUACAUAUGUGAUGUGUGACAUUUUUGAUGGUGUCUUUCUUUAGAUUUCAAAACAUGCAGGCUCUCAGAAGAAUCCCAAGGUUCUGGCUGAGUCUCUCAAUUGGCUUUCAGAUGCUAUCAAAGGAUUUGGAUUCAAGUAUAAGUCUAUGAUUUUCUUAUUUUCUUACCUGCAAUGAACUGCUGAUGCUUACCAGAAAGAAACAGCAGUUGUCCACAUUGCAUGUUAAAACAUUGCAUAAUUAUAGGUCUCAAGAGAGAGCAUAUGUUUCAGUUCUUGUCAUGUCCUCUGUGAAAUUGUGAUUUUAUUGGCUCGCUAUGUCAUAGAAGCAUGAAAUGUAACCAGUUUUGUCGCAGAAAAUGGAGCAUGAUUUCUUGCAUCAAAGAAAAAAUAUUCAAUGCACAAGGUGACAUUUAUUUAUCAGAUGAAACAAGUCACCCUUCAUGUUCAUGUCAAAUAGCAUGCCGAUGACUUGCGUUAAAUGGAGUAUGGCUUUGUGCACCAAGCAAAAUAAUUUUUUAUGACGCAACAGGUGACACUUCACCUUAAUCUUAUGUAGCACGGUGAUGACCACAAUAACCCCCUUUUCGGAUAACUUGCUUUUGACUAGAAAAAAAUAAAUUGGCAUAAUGACUAGCAACGAAUUAACUGUUUUAGACUAUCCUUGUUUACGAACUGAAUCGUGCAGUACAGUGGAACCCCAAUAUAACGGUAUGUCAAGGGAGCAGUAAAAUUAUCUUAUAUUGAAACUCCCGAUAUAACUAUAUGGCUGUGAAGUAACGGAAAAAAUCAUUAUAUCUUGGUAAACUUAAGAGAAUUAAAUGGCAAGGGGGAUAAAAAGUAUAAAGUCGAUAAAGAGGCUUAAAACACUAUAUCAUUUUCCUAUAUCAUCGUACAAAGCUGUUGACAGAAACGUUAGAGGUUACUUGAUUACUGUAAUGUUAUUUUAUUAAAUUCAUUGUGUUGCUUAAAAUGUGACUGUACUGAUAAUAUUGUCAUAUUGGGAAGGAUUUCGGUCCGCUAAAUUCCCAUUAUUUAUCGAGAAUAUUGUUAUGUUGAUUGUCGCUCUAUCGGGUUUCUGUCCCAUACAUUUUACUGUAACUUUUUCCCGGACUUUUGGAUAUACAUCGUCAUACCAGGAAUAUUGUUAUAUCGAGGAUCGUUAUAUGGGGGUUCCUCUGUAUCCUUUCAGAAUUAUGGCCUUUUUUACUUACAAACAUUAUGGCCAUGACAUGACUGCAUAGUGUUUCAUAGUCAUUUUGUAAUUGAUUGCAACAUUUCGGCUGCAUACUGCUGGUCUUCAUCAGACGUUGGUGUCAAUCAGCAAUUCAACACCACAGUUGAUGAAGACAACCAGUAUGCAGUCAAACUGAGUGAAAAACCUUGAGUGAGCCUUAUUAUAGCUUGUAUGUGUCUUUAAGUGCCCCUGCUGUGUAAUAGGUAUAUUGAUCUGUAGACAUUUUGUGGAUUAUUAAGAAAAUGAGCCUCCCGUCUAAGUCUGUAUUCUAGUGAAAUGAUGUAUCUGGAAGAAGUAAACCACACUAAAACUUAGUUUCCCAUUGCUGAUACUGCAGUUGUAUUACCUUUAAUUUAAACAUUUGUUUUUAUUUUCUUUUAGAAUUGACCUCAAGCCUCACAUUACCUACAUAAAGGAAGCAUUAACAAAUACAAAUCCAGUAAGGACAAAAUAGACAUGCUUAUCUUACUUGCAGUUACUCUAGUCUUGUCAUUUAAUAGGAAAGUUAUGGUUGGAGUCAAGCUUUUUAUUUGCUGGAUGGAGAAAAACAGUAAUAAGGAGCAUUCUGUCAUUAUCCCAUCCAAUUAAAUUAGCUACAGUGCUGUAUAUCCCAGCCUUGGACUGCGGAAAUGAAAUAGCCUUGUCACUUCACUUUAUCUUGAUGUAACAAACACAUAGUUUCAUCAAAAAAUGGGUGAAAAGUAAUUAGACAUGCUUUUAUGUAUCCUUUGCACUGGGCUUACACUUGAUAUAUUUAUAAGGCUGUCAGAACUGCUGCCAUUUCAUUGCUUGGAACUAUGUACAUGUAUGUGGGAGCAACUUUAAGAGUGUUCUUCGAGGAAGAAAAGUCUGCACUGCUGCAACAAAUUGAUUCUGAGUUUGAAAAGGUGGGUAUAAUGUGUACUAGAUGACUGAAGUUCAAGGGCACUUUCCAAGUCAGAACUGGCCAGCCGGACCAGUCAUUUUCACAAUGAAAUAGACUUUUUAAAAGAGAUUUUUUUGAAAAACCAUCUCCUUCGUGAAUACUAUUUAGGAUUUGAAUGAUCUGGGCCCGGUUCCUGAAAGGCCGAUUAGUGCUAAUCCAGGGUUAAGAUUUUGUUCCACUUUUUGUAUUUACCUCCCUAUGCAUUUCUUAGAGAAACAUUUUGUGUAAAUCAUUACUGUGUCUCAGAGGAAAAGCUCAACAGUAUUUUGUAAGCUUGAGUUACAUUCUCUUAGUAAGAAAACCUUGCUUAAAAUUUCGCUUCAUCCUGGGUUAAACUUAACCAUCUUUUCAGGAACCGGGCCCAGGCUGGAUAUUCCUCAUUAAAAGUGAUAUUAUGAUGAGAAUGGUCUGUCUCGUCAGUUCUGACAAAUGGAAAGUGCUCUAACUUAAUAUUACAUUUAAUGCUAUGGACACAUUUUUACAUUUAUUUUUAUGGACACAUCCAGGUGAAGUGUUUCUUUUUGCAAAGUCCAUUUUCUUUGGAGCAUAAUGCUGCAGCUGGUACCUCAGGCAGCCCAAACUCUGUGGAAGUUUGUUGGGACUUUGAAUAUAUAAGAGAAUGUAUGAAAAUAAACAAAAUACGUUCUAAAUUCCAUUUUUUUAAAAAAAUAGAGAUAAAAAUGACACCUUGUGUUUUUGUUUUGUUUUUUACGGUCUCUUCACUUCUUGAGCCUUUUGGAAGCAGUUUUAUGCACGUUUAAGAUUUUGAGUUGUACUAACAAUAAGAAAUAAGGGAAGGCUGGGGACUCUGAAGCCGAACGUUCCAGCUCGAAGCUCCAUAAAUCCCAUAAAAAUGGUCCAAACUCGCCAAAAUUGCCGUCAGAUUGCAUUCUAUGCUUCUUGAGUCUCAGAUUUCACCAAAACGGUUUGCGAAGUGCUAGAUAAAAAUAUUAUAUAUAUUUAAAUAUAUGCAUACAAAAAAUCUAUGUUAAAAUACUACAUUAUAAGCUAAAAGCUAGUUUAAAAUAAUGAGUUUUUAACCGUGCCAUAAAAGCUUUGAGACUGCCCAAAGCUCUCAACUUGUCUGGAGGGGCAUUCCACAGGGUCGGCGAGGCUGCAAGAAUGCCUUGUCUCCUGUUGUCUUCUUGGUCUUGUUGUGUAGAUCAAGCAGUAAGCAGUAAUUCUCUUAUUAUAUUCUGCCAAGACAGAAUAUAAGUCAUAACUCAUAACUUAAGUGUGAUCUACAUAAAGAGUUUUUGGUUUUAUGCAAUAAUUAACUCUCAAUUUAAGACAAGUGUACUGAAAAUGUAGAGAAGUUGGUGGAGCAAACUGUACUUUUCAAGCCUUAAAGUCCUGUUAGAAUGGAAUUGGAAUGUGCAUUUUUUGUAUAAUCUGUGAAAUUACAUUCCUGGUAGGUGUUCCUUGAAAAUCAAAUGUGGUCCUUGAAAAGUUCAUGAAAAGUCCUAAAAAAUGACUGCAAUUUUUUGUUUGAACCCUGUAAUCUUUUAAGUUUAUGUCGAGUCAUGUGGAAGUGUAGUUUUUGUCCUAAAAAUUUCCGUUGAUCAUUUGGUGGCAGUGAAUUGAAGUCAAGAUUAUGAUUUUUACAGAAUUAAGCAUACAAAUUGCCUUACAAUAGGGUGAUCAAGCUCCUUUAAUUCUCUUAUUAUACAUUUUAUUUAGUGUCCAGUUCCCUUUUCUUCAAAUUUGUCGUGCUUGUAUUUUACACACUUUCUAGGUAAAGGGAGAGAAGCCCCCAGCACCAACCCUUGGUGUGGCACCAAAGGGAGGAGAUGGUGGUGAUGAAGAAGAUGGUGCAGAGGAGGGUGGGGGAGGGGGUGAGGAUAAUGCUACCCCAGCUGUCAACUUAGCUGAUCUUGUUCCUAGGAAUGAUAUAAGGUACGGUUGUACACUUGUUUGUCUAACCACAGCAUGAAUCAAAGUGCAAACAACACCAACAUCUUUUUGUUUUGUUAUUUUGUUUGAAUGCUAAAAUCUGGUCACAGUUGAUAAGAGGGCUCACCAUCAUUACGGGCCACGGCAGGAAUUUUGCCUACCAUUUAGAAAAUGUAAAGAUGUGAGCUACGUAAUCAAGACACAAUAGACCAUAGUCAAAGCAUGAGAAAAUCUAUUGAAUCCCUCACCACUUGUCCCAUUUUCCCAAUCUACACUGGUCAAUGGGAACCAAGUUCCACCAAACUGCACCCAGUUCAACAAAACUGCACCAAGUUUCACCACAAUGCACCAAACUGCACCAAGUUGCACCAAAUUCCACCAAGUUGCGCCAGAAUGCACAAGGUGGCACCAAACUGCACCAAGUUCCACCAAUGUGCACGAAGUUGCAACAAACUGCACCAAGUUGCAGCAAUCUGCACCAAGUUCCACCAAACUGCACCAAGUUCCACCAAACUGCACCAAGUUGCACCAGUCUGCACAAGGUUGACACAAACUGCACCAAGUUGCGCCAGAAUGCACAAGGUGGCACCAAACUGCACCAAGUUCCACCAAUGUGCACGAAGUUGCAACAAACUGCACCAAUCUGCAGCAAUCUGCACCAAGUUCCACCAAACUGCACCAAGUUGCACCAAGUUGCACCAGUCUGCACAAGGUUGACACAAACUGCACCAAGUUGCACCAAACUGCACCAAGUUGCUCCAAUCUGCACCAAAGUGCACCAAGUUCCACCAAACUCGACCAAGUUGCACCAAACUGAACCAAGUUGCACCAAUCUGCACCAAGUUGCGUCAAUCUGUACCAAUCUGCACCACGUUCCACCAAACUGCACCAAGUUGCACCAAUCUGAACCUAGUUGCACCAAGUUGCACCAAACUGCACCAAGUUCAACCAAUAUGCACGAAGUUGCACCAAACUACACCAAGUUGCACCAAACUGCAGCAAUCUGCACCAAGUUGCACCAAUCUGCAACAAGUUGCACCAGUCUGCAACAAGUUGCACCAGUCUGCACCAAGUUGCACCAAUCUGCACCAAGUUGCACCAAACUGCACCAAGUUGCUCCAAUCUGCACCAAAGUGCACCAAGUUGCACCAAACUCGACCAAGUUCCACCAAUCUCCACUAAGUUGCACCAAACUGAACCAAUCUGCACCAAGUUGCGUCAAUCUGUACCAAUCUGCACCACGUUCCACCAAACUGCACCAAGUUGCACCAAUCUGAACCUAGUUGCACCAAUCUGCACCAAGUUGCACCAAACUGCAGCAAUCUGCACCAAGUUUCACCAAUCUGCAACAAGUUGCACCAGUCUGCACCAAGUUGCACCAAUCUGCACCAAAGUGCACCAAGUAGCACCAAACUACACCAAGUUGCACCAAUCUGCACAAGGUUGACAAAAAGUGCACCAAGUUGCACCAAUCUGCACCAAGUUGCACCAGUCUCCACCAAAGUGCACCAAGUUAAACCAGUCUCCACCAAGUUGCACCAAACUGCACCAAGUUGCUCCAAUCUGCACCAAGUUGCACCAAACUGCACAACGUUGCACCAGUCUGCACCAAAUUGCACCAAUCUGCACCAAGUUGCACCACUUAACUGCACCAAGAUGCGCAAACUGCACCAAGUUGCACCAAACUGCACAACGUUGCACCAAACUGUACCAAGUUGCACCCAUUUGCUCCAAGUCGCACCAAACUGCACCAAGUUGCACCAAGUGGCACCAACUUGCACCAAACUGGACCAAUCUGCACCAAAGUGAACCAAGUUGAACCAAUCUGCACCAAGUUGCACCAAAGUGCACCAAGUUGCACCAAUCUGCACCAAAGUGCAUUAAGUUGCACCAGACUGCAUCAAAAUGCACCAAUCUGCUCCAAACUGCACCAAGUUGCACCAAGUUGCAGCAAACUGCACCAAUCUGCAUCAAAGUGAACCAAGUUAAACCAAUCUGCACCAAGUUGCACCAAACUGAACCAAGUUGCACCAAAUUGCUCCAAAGUGCACCAAGUUGCACCAAUCUGCACCAAGAAAAUUGCAC